AUGCUUUCCAGACACUCCGGAAAUACGCCGCGCUUGCUAGAGGUCUCGCCGAAACAAGAUACGAGACAGUUAUCCCCUUCUCCCCAGUGUACCAACAUCGACGCCGAUGACUUUCACAUUCGGUCGCUCAACGACGACUCAUUGGCCGUGACCCGGGAACUAGAAACACUCGUUGAAGGCCAUGGAAAGCUCGUGGUGGUGGCGCAGAAAGGAGGAGUUCUUCACCUCUACUAUAUUUGUGGUUUAAUCCUCAACGAAGGCGAGUCAGGUCAGAGCACUUUAGCAUCCCUUGAUGAAGAUGAACAGGAGAAAAAGAAGACUGAGGGUCUCUAUUAUUUCCGCAACCCGGCGAAACGACUCUACAGCGAUCUGGAUUCUUUCAAGGCCGCUUUAUGGGAGUCGCGCAUAAUCCCGCAACCUGCUGGCGUAUUUUGGACUCGAGUGACGCGAACUGCCUACAAAUACAUCCCAUCAACGUACCUGAUAUGCCAGAACGACGUCCACAUGCCUCCGCCUUUCCAGGAGGCAUUUUCCAGUUUUGCAGAGGCCGAGGUGGAACGCAGCAGCGCGGGUCACGCGCCCAUGCUGAGCCAGCCCGAUAUGCUAGUUCGGAGAAUUUCGACGGUGGCAACUAGAGCUAUGCGAGAGGUGUCGGACUAA